CCCUUUCGCCAAUCCAUGUCCCUUCUCCUCGUGCUUCACCUUCUUCACCAUUCUCUCUCUCUUCUUCAUUUAGCUUUUUCUAGGGUUUUGCUUCCUUUCCUUUUCUCUAUUAAUAGAUCCACCAUUGUUGUUUCUCCUUCUUCUUUGCGGUGAUGAAGUUUGGGGAGGCGUUCUCGGACUAUCUUCGGAAGGACCGUGAAAGAUUUCUUGAUAAAUGCUCGCAUGUCGAGUAUAAGAGGCUCAAGAAAGUUCUCAAGAAAUGCCGGGUUUGCCGCGCGGCACAGCAGCACCAUGAUGAUGAUGAUGAUGAUGAGGAGGAGGAGGAGGAGGAGGAGGGGAUUGGCAAGAAUGGGCCUUUGGAUCUUUGCUCUUUUGAAUCUGAGUCUUGUUCAUUGUGUGAUCAGAUGUUCUUUACUGAACUGACGAAAGAGGCUUCAGAAAUAGCACGAUGUUUUAUCUCACGAGUAAGGCGGCUCCUCCAUCCCUCUAUUCUUUGUGGAUUGCAGAGAUAUCUGUGGCGGUUGCGUCAUUGUUUUAUGGAUGAUCAACAAAUCAUGAUUCAAGAAGGAAGAUUGUUGCUAGAUUAUAUAACAAUGAACUCCAUUGCAAUUCGGAAGAUUCUCAAGAAAUAUGAUAAAAUACAUAGAUCUGUCAAUGGUAGGAAUUUCAAAACAAAAAUGAGGGCAGAGCACUUGGAACUUUUGCAGUCACCAUGGCUAAUAGAACUGGCAGCAUUCUAUAUAAACCUCAGUGGGUCAAGCAUUGGAGAACCUGGAGAAUUCUUCCGGAUGUUCUCCUGUGAUUUAUGUGAUACCCAGCCUCGAAUGAUCAUUAUGCUUUCUGAUUGUGUCAUGUAUGAGUACAGCCUGACUUGUUCCAUUUGCCUGGAGAUAGUGUUUAAUCCAUAUGCUCUGGGUUGUGGCCAUCUAUUCUGCAAAGAGUGUGCUUGUUCUGCAGCUUCAGUGUUACUUUUCCAAGGCCUAAAGGCAGCAUCUCAUGAAGCCAAAUGCCCUGUUUGUCGAGAGGUUGGAGUUUACUCUAAUGCGGUGCAUAUGACAGAACUUGACCUUCUAGUAAAGAAUAGAUGCAAAGACUACUGGAAGGAUAGGCUGCGGGCAGAGCGUGCUGUGAUGGUGAAGCAAUCAAAACGUUACUGGGAAUUACAGACAGUAACCGUAUUCGGGUAUUGACAAUGUGGGAGCAACGGUGUUCAGUCAGAGUUGAUCUUUCUUUGAUUUGUGGCUGUCUGUUGAAUACUUUGGUGAAACUAUGUGCAAAUAUGAGUAAUGGAAUUUACCGAACCAAUGUGGUUCUUUUCGUCGCAGGUUUCUGAAUGGAUGGUCCAUGUUCGAUGCGGCAAGAUAAUAUUCAGUCAAUUGGUGGAUAGUUUUCAUUUUCCGGAGACAUGCCAUGACCUGAUUGCUCUCAAAUUGCAUCUAUAAUGGAAAUCUUGAUUAAGUUUCAGUUAAUUAUCAGGGGUUUUCUCAAAUUGUAUGUAUUCCAGUUAUUGGUUAAUAUUUUUU